AGUUCUACUUGAAUACACGGGAGUUUCCAUGGACCCUGUCGCCGACGCACCUGGCGCAUCGACCGAGAAACAGAAACAGCUGUCUGUUCGAAGCAACUUCGAAAGUAUCGUUUGUUAAUUGUUGAUUUAGAAUUGUGUAGAUCUUUGUUGCGUUAUUUGUGGAAUGCGAAGUAACGAGGUUUCGGGGUAUUGUGCCUGUCAUCAAACGCGUACUAGUCUGCCCCUUGCUUCACCACUCUUUACCGCUUUAGGCGGUUGCUUCGAUGAUAACGUGCUUGCCUUUUAUUUUUCCGAUUUCUACGAUCCGGAACGUUUCUCCCCCUUUCCUCUCUUUGCUUCUCACUCUUUCCUUGUCCCCACUUGCUCAUUCUCGCGCUCUCUCCCCCUCUAUCUUUCUCUAUUUCUCUUUCAAGUUCUCCGUUUCUCUGUCCCUCAUUUUCCCUCUCUGUUAUUCUAAGUUACUUUCAAGAUCUCUGUGUUCUUCACCAACGAUGUAAACAGACUGAUAUUUUUUGGAGAAAAUUUUCAUUUUUCUACUUCAAUUUAUAUUUGUGUAUACUUGUCUGUUGUUGUUAUUGCUCCAACUAUAAUCAUACGUGCACGCAAUGACGCACCUAUAAGUGAAAUACGCACGCAUCAACAAGCAGCAUUUCUUCGAUGACACUUAGUACCAGUGCGAGCAAAAUAUAAUCUUCAUAAUUAUUAAACGAUGAAGGAAUCAUUAGUAGAAAUUAUCAAAUAAACAUGGCAUCUCAAAUAAAGAAUUUAAUGAUUAACUAUUAGGCAUAUUAAGGAUAUGCUUUAUAUCAUCAGGAAGGAACUAAAUGAAUGAAUAAAAUUAUAAGGAAUGAUAUUCUAUUUGAAUCUAUUGGAUGUUAGAUAAAGUGAAAAAUGUCUGGUGAUUCAGGAUGGAAUACUGUUAUUCACCAUCCUUCAGAAUUAGAAUUACAGAAUUGGAAUUGGGAAGAAAACGAUGGAGAACAAGAAAGGGAGCUCCCUUCGACUGUUGAUAUGGAUGCUAUAAAAGGUGGUGGUAGCUGGGAUCCAACUACUGAACCUAAUGGAACAGAUUCGGUUGAUUCUGAAGAAGAUUCAGAUUCCGACGACGAAACCUCUGGCGGUACAGAAGGUAGUUGUUCCUAUUCAGAUUCGAAUUCGGAUUCAGACGACGAAAGUAGUGGUGACGAAGAAGAAGAUACAGGAUCCAAUUCGGAUUGUACAUCGGAACAUAGCGAACAAACAUUUUCCAUUCAAAAAACAAAUUUUGAACCGGGAGCGCUUAAAUUAAAAAUCAGUAUGAAAGGUCCAAAAAAAGAGGAUUCGGAAAAAGAGAAAAAUAAAAGAAGCAUACCAAAAAAAGUUAAAAUGAAUCGAGGAGGAAAGUCAUCAGAAUGCAGUAGUGAUGAGUCUGAUUCAUCUGAAAAUCAUUCAACUUCACAACAUACACAGCAACAACAGCAACAGAUGCAACAAUCUCAACAACAACAACAGCCACAACAACAUCCAACUCUUCAAGAGAUUAAUCAAGAAGAUUUGGCGGCUAUUUUACCAGAUCAAGAGCAUGAAGAUGCUCCAUUUGAUGGAUUUGAAGAUUCAGAAAGUGGUCGGUUAGUAUCGAAAGCUAUCGAGAGAAUGUCUCUUGGUGCAGAUUCGGAUACGAGUGAAAAUGGUGAUCAAAAUCCUGUACCUGUGUAUAGUUCCACUUUAUUACAACAAUUUGUAGAAAAAACGGCUCUGUUAUCAGAACCAAGAAAAAGGCGGAGUAAGUUAGGGAAAAAAUUGAAUGAUUCAGAAUAUCCUUGCGUUUCGAAUGUAUCUCCGGAUUCAGGAAUUCAAUCAGUAGAUAAUAGUCCAUUACAUUUGGCAAUUAGUCCUGUAAGUCCUCCAACACAGACACAAUCACCGGUGCAACCCGUUGUUACAAAACCUGCAGUAAACGUAGAUCGUGUUUUAUAUCCACCUAAACGAAAACCUGGUAGGCCAGCAAAGACAGUAUCUACGCAACCCCGUGGGCCUGGUAGGCCAAGAUUAAAACCAGAAAUUGUAGAAAAGAUAGAAAGAAUAGAAAAAACAGAAAAAACUGGAAAAACCGAAAAAAUUGAAAAGAAGGAAACUGUUUCCCAAGCAGUAAAAGUCACAAAAGAAGAAACAACUAAAAGAGGGAAAACAAAAUCUACAUCACAGAAAACUGUUGCAACUCGAACAGAUAAAAAUGAAGAAAAUAAUUCAACUAAAAAAUUAAAAGAGAAACCAGCUUGCCAAAAGAAACGAACUUGCAAUGUUUCUAAACAAUGUACGCCGGGAAAAGUAACUGGAAAGAGAAAUAAUACAAGUUCCCCAGCGCGUGUCAAGUGCCUAAGUAGAUCUGUUACGAAUAAGUAUGGAAAAGAGGGAAUUCAAUGCAAUGGUGGGACGUGUAAGAAAAUGAAGAAAGAUAAGCCUGGAAUAGGAAAUAAGACAGCUCCUUUACGGCGACAAAAACAAUCGGCUUGUGAUCGAAUUUCGAACGAAAGAAAAGUAAUUAAUUCGAAUAAAAGAAGUUUAAAAGAGAAUAGAAGUAGUACUGUUCCCUUAGCUAAGAGACAAGCAUCAUUAAAGAAAAAUGUUGCGCCAGUUACGCGACGUGUAUUGAAAGAAAACAAAAGUACUAAAAAAACAACAACUGGAUUUGAAACAAAUGGUGUUGGAGUUCAGACUCUAAUAUCUUUACCUGUUGGUGAGGUAUUAAAAGCUGAAAAAGCUGAAAAUAUAACUAAUAAAUGCGAUAAGGCGACGCAGCCUAUACAUAAUCACUGUCGCAAACAUCAUCAUCACAAACAUAGAAGACGAUUAUUGUUGCCACCUAAAAAUCCUAUACGUAUCCAUCCAUGUCUCAUACAAGAAUUAGAAAAAUUGAUAGAAGAAUUUUCAAGAUUGUGUAGUUUAGGUAGAAAUAAUUCAAACUCUGGAUAUUCUGAAUUACCCCAAAUUUUUCGUGUAAAAAAAUUAACAAAAAAAAGAAAGGGAGGGGAUGUUACCUCAAACGAUGAUCAGAAAUUAAAAAGACGUCUUAAAAAAGAGAAGAUUCUGUCGGGAACAGAUUCAAAAAAUAAUAUGAAUGCGAAUGCGAAUUCAAAUCCAAACGAACAAAGGUUACCAUUAAAAAAAAGGCAUUAUCAUGUAUCCAGUCCUCAUAGUUCACAAAGUUCGAAUGCAAGUGGCGCUGAUUUGGCUGUUAAUGAAGCGAACUCUACUGAAAGUCAUAUAGAAGAAGCAAUCGAAGCUACAAUAACAAGAUAUGGAAGUAGUUCUGCCUUCUCUUUCCAAGAAGAUUCUGUACCUGUUACUCCUAAGAAGAGGCAUAGGGAUACCGAAACUGGUAGUCCUGACAAGUCAAAUGCAACAUCUUCCGAUUUAUUGGAAGAAAAACCCUUGAGCCAAAUAGAAGUACAACCGCGUCGUAAAAAGAAAAUUGUCAAGGACCUUCGCGUGACAGUUACAAAAUUACCUGUUGAAAGUCAUGGAAUUUUAGAAAAAUCCGAUAAAAUGGAUAAAAUUGAGAAAGCUGAUAGUAAAGCAGAAAAAUCCGAGAAAUAUUCCACUGAUAGAAGUUCAAAAUAUCGUGCAGAAAAAAGUAGAAGUGAGAAAAUUGCAGAGAAAUUAAUAAAAAGCGAUAAAAAUCAAACCGAUAAAAUUGAAAAAAGAGAUCUCUCGCCAGAACAUGUUCGCUUGGAAAAGAAUAUAAAAAUCGAUGCGGCGGAAUUUAAUACCGAAAGCUUUGAUGAAAGUGAAAUUAAACCAGCACAAAACAAUCUCAAUUCAAAUGUUCCAAAUCCUUUGAAUUCUGCUGCUGUAUUAGUUUUGACUAAGAAAAAAAUGAGACGACGGAAAGCUAUCAAUCGUACAGGUUUUCCGACAUUAAAAAAGAAAAAGAAAAGAUCUUUAAAUGCAAAUGAUACAUCGACGGAUGCGUCAAAAACUAUGGUUUUAAGUAAUGAAGAUGGUACAGACAUCGGUGCUGAUGGUGAAAAUUCAACAAAAGAAGGAAUCGAAGAUUCAGUAGUUGACAGCAAAACAAGUGUAUUAAGCAAUACUGAGUUACAAAACGUAUUUACUGAUGAAAUUUCGACUAAACAUAUUAGCAAUGCCAUACAAAAUCGAGUUCAAUCAAAAAUUGAUUCAAUUUCAAAUCGGGAAAAUUCAAAUUCAUCAAAGUCGGAAACGAAUAGUCAUGUUCGAUCUGAAGAACUUUCAGAACCUCGAUCAGGCCAAUUGCGAGUUCGGAAAGAUCUUGUAGAAACAGAUAAUGACAAUGCAUUGAAUAAAUUAUGUCCUGUUAAAUUUGAAAAAAUUCAAGAUUCAAAACCAUAUGAUGAGAAUACAUCUUUAGAAGAAUCCCUCGAAAAAUUCAGUUCAAAUCAACGCGUUGUGGAAUUAAAUGAAGAAAAUGUAAAAAGAUUUGAGCGUGCAAAUUCUCAAACGAAUAUCAAAACGGAAAAUUCAAAUUCUUUUAACGGCAAUCAGAAAAAACGAAGAGGAUCCUCGAGCCCUUGUAAUUUGACUCCUAGAAAUAUAAAACGUUUACGUAGUUCUGGUUAUGAUAUGGAGAAUGACAUUUUGCCUAAUAGCGAUAUUAACGAUGAUCAUGAGGUUGGAAAACAUUCAAAUUCGACGCAUACGAGAAAGAAGCAAUCUCGAUGGAAGAAACGUUAUUUACAAGGAGGGAUUCUACAGGAAUAUGGCAAAGAUAUUGAAGGAAAAAUACGUGGUAGUAUUGAAAAUAAUAACACUGGAAGAAACAAAGUUGUAUGUGAAACUACCGAGUCUGCAUCUGCUACGUUAUUAUCUACCACAUAUCAAUGCGGUAAACUUUUACGACAAAGAAAAAUGCCGUUUCAAUUGCCAUAUGAUUUGUGGUGGCUACAUACACAAUCUAGAUUACCUAGCAGAGAAUCAGUUCCAUCUUGGAAUUACAAAAAAAUUCGUACUAACGUAUAUUACGAUGUUAAACCUACUACACUUUAUGAAGCGCAAGCUUGCGAAUGCAAGCCGGAAAGUGGUUGCGGAGACGAUUGUAUCAAUCGUAUGGUUUUCAGCGAAUGUUCUCCACAGCUUUGUCCUUGUGGUGAUAAAUGCGAGAAUCAGAAAAUUCAAAAACACGAAUGGGCACCGGGUUUACAAAAAUUUAUGACAGAAGAUAAAGGUUGGGGUGUAAGAACUCAACAAUCUAUCAAAUCAGGUGUUUUUAUUCUUGAAUAUGUUGGAGAAGUUGUUUCUGAAAGAGAAUUUAAAUCUAGAAUGGCAACCAGAUAUGCUAAUGAUACGCACCAUUAUUGCUUACAUCUUGAUGGAGGUUUAGUAAUUGAUGGUCAUCGUAUGGGUGGCGAUGGAAGAUUCGUAAAUCAUUCUUGUGAACCUAAUUGCGAGAUGCAAAAGUGGAGUGUCCAUGGUCUUCCACGAAUGGCACUAUUCGCUUCUAGAGACAUUAAACCAGGAGAGGAAUUGACAUAUGAUUAUAAUUUUGCACUUUUUAAUCCAUCUGAGGGACAAGAAUGUAGAUGCGGUAGUAAUGCCUGUAGAGGAGUGAUUGGUGGGAAGAGUCAAAGAGUUUCUAAAAGUAUCACUUCUAUUCCGUCGCAAUUAGAACCGACAGAAAGACGAUCGGUUGGAAGACCAAGAAAAAAUGUAAGAAAAUCUAAUGCAGUACAAUCUGUAAAUUCGAAAGGCAUGUGUAAAUCUCGAAAAGUAGGCGAUUCUAAUCUAAUUCAUGCCCCUGCAUUAAAACCUAUGUCUCAUCAACAAAGAUGUUUUGCUCAGCAACAUCAUUGUUUCUUAUUAAGAAAUUUAGAAAAAGUAAGACGAGUUAAGUUAUUAGUAAAUCAAGUACAAAUGCAAAAUGGUAAAGUAAAAUGUGGUAAUGCAACUACUGUAAAAGAAAAGGGUUCAGGUGAUGCUAAAAUUCAAUCUGAUGCAUUUUUCUCACAAUUAACUGCUUUAACAAAUAUAAAUACACGUACUGUACGAACUCGACGACUAGCUCAAGCUCAAGAUGAUCCAGAAGUGAAUAAAACUGCAAAAUUGGCUAAGGUAUUGAAAGAUCUAUAUAGUAUAGUAGCUACUGCAAAAGAUGAAAAUGAUCAAUUAUUAUGUACACCAUUUAUCACAUUACCUUCAAAGAGAAAAUUACCCGACUAUUAUGAAAAAAUAUCAGAUCCUAUAGAUUUAUCAACAAUUGAUCAAUGUAUUGGUACAGGCCAUUAUAAAACUGCAGAACAUUUUGAUCAUGAUAUGAUUAAACUUUUUGAUAACAAUGUAAGAUUCUUUGGGAGAACUUCUGAAAUAGGUAUUGCCGCAGCUAGAUUAAGAAAAUUAUACUUGGGAAGUAAGCCUGAUUUCGUGGAUGCAAUAACGGAAGCAACUGGUUGUCCACCAUCUCAAGGCUUCUUACCUCCUCGUGGUUCAACCGCGGGUGAAGAAGAUGUUAUCAGGUGUAUUUGUGGUUUACAUAGGGAUGAAGGAUUGAUGAUUCAAUGCGAACGCUGUCUCGUAUGGCAACAUUGUGAUUGUGUUAAAGCUGAUACAAGCAUAGAAUCUUACUUGUGUGAAAGAUGUCAUCCACGACCCGUGGAUUUAGAAAUACCAUUAGAAGGUGACGAGGAAGAAGAAGGCAAAAAACAUUAUGUUACUUUGAUGCGUGGUGAUUUGCAACUUAGACAGGGAGAUACUGUAUAUGUUUUAAGAGAUACUCCGGAAAAACAUACUUACAAAACAAUUCAAAAACCUGAUUACGAACAAAUGGAUAUAUUUAGAAUUGAAAGACUCUGGAAAAACGCAGAAGGUGAAAGAUUUGUAUUUGGUCAUCACUAUUUAAGACCACAUGAAACGUAUCACGAACCAACAAGAAAAUUUUAUGAAAAUGAAGUUGUGUGUGCUCCACUUUAUGAAGCUGUUCCAUGUGAUUUGGUUGCUGAACGCUGUUGGGUCCUUGAUCCUCAUACGUAUUGUAAAGGACGGCCGGUUGGUUCUACACCAGAGCAUACUUAUGUUUGCGAGUAUCGCGUUGAUCGGGCUGCUCGACUAUUUACAAAAGUUGCCAGAGCUAGACAUCAAGUUUGUACGAAGCCUUAUGCAUUUGAAACUUUUCCACAACGUAUUAAGCACUAUCGUACAUAUUUGCCUCAUAGUCUUGAAGGAAUCCAAAUAGGAAGUAAAAUGAAUAAAGAAAAAAAGAAAUCUAAUAAUCAAGAUGUUGAUAAUAAUCAAAAAUCUGAAUCGAAUGAAAAUGCAAAAACGCACACAAAGGAUCAACAAAAAUCUUCUACGAGCAAGAAUAGACGUCGAUCGAAUGAAAUUUUACCUAUUGUCACACCCGCUGCAUCAUAUGCCCAGAGAGAAGAACAAAGAAGACGAUUGAACAAUAUUUUAAUCGGACUAUUACAAAAAAUGCCGAAUAAAAAGGAUCCCUUAGAUUUGUCAUUUUUAUUAGAAAGGAAUAGACGAAAUCGUAAAAGGCCAGGGGGAUUAAAUCCGUGACAUUGGAUUAUACAUGAUCGAUAGGCAUCAUAUAUAUAUAUAUAUAUAUAUUUUAUAUAUAUAUAUAAUCAGAAUUGCCAGCAUGCGAGACAAAAUGGUUGACAGUGACGUAAGAAUAGAAGAGUGAGGGAGCGAUGUUGCUAUAUAUUCGAUAUAAUGACGUGUAAAAUUUUGUGCUACAUGCUGAUAAUUCUGUGUACAGUGAUAAAUAUUCAAAAAAUAAAGCAUAGUCUAUAAUGGGGAUUUCUUCUCCGCAACGAACGUAUUAAUACAUAUUUAAAAUUAUAGAAAAUUUUUUUAUUAAUACAGUAGAAAGUUUUCUAUAGUUUUUUUUUGACAUCAGUUUGAUUUAUUAAAUUACUUUCUUUGCUUACGCUGGAAGUUAGUAUCGAGAUUAAAAUAAGAAAAUGGAUAAAAUUGAACAUCGAUUGUUGAGAAAAUGAUGAUGUUCGAUUGUUUUUUUUUUUUUUUGGACUAUUUUUCAAGUAUUGAAUUUCAUAAAAUUUAUAAGGAUCGCAUAGAGAUACAAUUUAUUUUCGACUCGAGUCGAGAAUAUCAAAUCUUAUACAUGGAAUAAUGUAUCUAACAAAUUGGAUCUAAUGAGAGCUAUUAUUUCUAAUAUAAUUCUAAUAUAAUUAAACUCGCGAAAUUGUAUAAAAGUAAUUUGUAAAUUUCUUUCAUAGUGGAUACACUUAAGUGUACAAAUUAUAUAUUACUCGGGAUUGAGGAAAAUAACAACGGCACAUAUAAGAGAACAAUGAAAUAAGAAAAAAUCGAAUACAUGUGAGGCUUUAUUGCACAAAAGUACCAUUAUAUUUUUCAUAAUCCCAGUGUUAUUUGAAUUAAGUGUAAUAUAUAGCUUUUUAAAUUAAUAGAUAAAACUUUACUAAAAAAACAUAUUUAAUUUAUUAAUUAUUGUGGUCGAAUAUAGCUAAUUAUUGCUAUAACGACGAAUAUACGCAGGAUUUCGUAUUUAUUAUUACAUUAUACAGUAAAUACAUAUUAUUAAAAGCUAUUUAUAAUAUAA